GCCUGCGCAGAAGCUUGUGGCGUCAAAGAGCCAGCCGUGUCCAUGGAGCGAGGCUGAGGGGUCACGCUCCGGCCGGAGGCUGCGGGCGCCGCGCCGUGACCAUGUCGGCGUCGUUGGUCCGCGCCACCGUGCGGGCCGUGAGCAAGAGGAAGCUGCAGCCCACGCGAGCGGCGCUCACGCUGACCCCCUCAGCUGUGAACAAGAUAAAACAACUUCUUAAAGACAAGCCAGAGCAUGUGGGUCUGAAAGUUGGCGUGCGAACCAGGGGCUGUAAUGGCCUCUCUUACACCCUGGAGUAUUCAAAGACAAAAGGAGAUUCUGAUGAAGAAGUUAUUCAAGAUGGAGUCAGAGUGUUCAUCGAAAAGAAAGCACAGUUAACACUUUUAGGAACAGAAAUGGACUAUGUGGAGGACAAACUGUCCAGUGAGUUUGUUUUCAAUAACCCCAACAUCAAAGGAACUUGUGGCUGUGGUGAAAGCUUUAACAUUUGAAACCUCAGGACUCCAAGCUCCGGGAGAGCCGGGAUCUACCUGGGAGCUUACUGAAGAAAUCAUGUGACUGUCAUGUUUCAGAGUUUAUGAUGUGCGGCCACCUCAGGGGGGAAUAAAGUGAUGCAGCCACUGUGCUAAUCCCGAAAAGCUGGUAUCUGUGUUGUCUGUAAAGCCCAGAAACUGGGAAAACAUUGUUUUCUUUAAGUCAUUCUCCUGUUCUGUACAGAAAACCCCUGCGCUGCUCUUAACUCUGUAGCUUUGUUCUUUGCGCUAGGACCAACUUCGUGGCCAUUGCUUUGCCGGGAGCUGAGGGAACGGGUAACAGGUGUGCACCCAGAGAUUCUAGUGAGUGGAUUGAGACAUCUCCUCGCCCCCUUCUCAUCUCCCAGGCAGGACAGCUGUGGGUAACAGUGUAGUGGUCCCUCAUUUCCCUCACAUUCGCCAUGGCCUUAUACAUUUUAUUAGAAAUAUGAUCAUCGGACACCUUCUUCCCGCCCUUCAGUAGUUCCAGAUUUCUGAGUGAUGGUGUCAGAAGGUGGGAGCUGCCAGACCUGGUCUCGGUCCAUCCCCUAGCGCAUGCUUCGAGAUGGUUGGCUUAGACCUUUCCAUUGGAAGCUGUGACAAGCAGCCAGCUAGCUCACCGCACUUAACCCUGUGUGUAUGAAGACCAGACCUGAUAAGUUAGAGAGCUAGGACCAUACCCAGCUCUCCCUUCCUCACAGGUGACCCCAGUACUGUAUGAGACACUCAGGAGGUGAGUGGUGCCUGCCUUCCAUGCCUGGGCAGCAUUUUGAUACGACUUUAAUUUAUAGACUGCAUUUGUUUUCUUCUGAAUGGAAGAGCCUUGUUUAAGCUCUUUUAUUUGAAUUGCCAUCUUGCUUGUUUAGAGCUUUGAAACCAUAGUUUCUUUUUUUUUUUUUUUUUUUUUUGGUUUUUUGAGACAGGGUUUCUCUGUGGCUUUGGAGCCUGUCCUGGCACUAGCUCUUGUAGACCAGGCUGGUCUCGAACUCACAGAGAUCCGCCUGCCUCUGCCUCCCGAGUGCUGGGAUUAAAGGCGUGCGCCACCACCGCCCGGCUGAAACCAUAGUUUCUUACAGAGAUCCUGCAGCAGAAGAAUUUACUCUUGGAGCACAGGGCCUAUGGAGCAGACAUGGAGGUGUCUUCUUAGUUCCCAAUACGCAUAUAUUUCCUGGUUCCUAAAUGAAAUUGCUGAAGUUUUCAUAUUUUUUAACAGCAGUUUUUUUGAGUCAUCAUUUUGCUGUAUAGUAUAGGCCAUCCUGACUGGCGACCCUCCUGCUUCAGCCUUCUGAGAUAUGUGCCACCAUACCUGAAUCCCAAGUUUUUCUUAAAAGUGAUCUUACCUUGACCUGUGUUUGACAUCUUAAGUAACCUGGAGUUCUUUUGUGGAAGGCUGUUUCUCACAAAGUAGCUGAGUUUCAUAUUUGCGCUAGUUACUAAAAUUCCUACCACCAAAAUGCACCACCUUGUAGUUUUAUAUGAUUGUUAUGAGUUUGUUAUCAUAAAUAGAAUUGUUGAUACAUCUUUAAUUUGUGCAAUAUUGUAUGUAGAGAUUGAGUAUCAAUUAAAAAACUCACCUCUUUGUGAUCCUAA